AUGCGACAAAAUCGUCGCGCAUCAAUGAUUGUUAACCGUAUUCUGAUCACUCUCAUCGUUUUGGUAUCACUGUCAUUUUUGUUUCUCCGAGCGGGCCCGAAGUUCUCAGAAGCCGAUCGAGCGUGCAUUCAGGAUGAGUGGCAGGAGAACAAAUCCCUCAAUGUGUCCUCGGAAAUCAACAACGAAACAUAUCAAAUCGUGUUCGCUGACGUUCAAAAAGAAUUCAAAUGGAUUUUUUUGCCAAAAGAAAUUUCUGGAAAUCCGGACAUUUUGAUGAUUGUCUCAUCGAAUCGGGACAAUUUUGCGCGGCGUAAUGUGAUAAGAAAAAGUUGGAUGAAUUCGGACAAAAACAAAAUAGUGGCUGAAAAACGAAUGAAGAUCUUGUUUUUGGUUGGGGUCAAUUCGGAAAAUGAAAAGGAGAAUACGGUAGUUUUGAAGGAAGCAGAGGUUUUUGGAGAUAUAAUUGUUGUUGAUUUGGAAGACAAUUAUCAGAAUUUGCCUUAUAAGAGUCUAACAAUCCUGCUCUACGGACAAUCGAAGACUGCAGAAUCCGUAAAAUUAAUUGGAAAAAUCGAUGAAGACGUGAUUUUCUAUCCGGACCAACUGACUCCUCUCAUCAAUGAUGGAACGAUCAAUAUGUCGAUUUCAGCGAUUUAUGGAGAAAAAUGGAAUGCCGGGGUUGAAGUAAGCAAUAAGGAUGAGACAAAUAAAUGGUUCAUCCCAAAGUACUCUUUCAAAUGCCAACUCCUCCCAUCCUACCUCUCCGGACCAUUCUAUUUGACCACUCGAAAAGCCGCAGAACGAAUUCUGAAAUCCACGAAACACCGGAAAUUUAUUUCGGUGGAGGACGUCUUCAUCACUGGACUUCUAGCGGGAGACGUUGGUGUCGAGAAGAAGCAAUUGCCAUCUAUGUAUAUGUACGAUGAAACGACAACCGACACCGCAAAAGCUGAAAUUCUCGCAUGGCACAAUUUCAAGAACAACGCGGAGUUUCUAGAAUCCUGGGAGAAUUUGCGGCUCUCUCGAUGCAAAGCUUGCCGAAAAUCCAGGAAUUUCCGAGGAUCCAGAAGCCAGUUGGACGAGGAGCGGAAUCAAUAA